AUGAAUACAAAAGUUGAGUUAGCAUCUUCAUCAUCCUAUGGACUUUCUAGUUCUGAUGUUAUAGAUCUUGAGAAAGAUAAACAUUAUUAUAUAGAAGUUUUACAAUCCGGAUCCGGAUCAAGCACAAUCAAAGUUAAAGCUCUUCAUCUGGACACGAAAUUCAACGAUAGGAUGACUGGAAAUGCUGAUCAGGAAAAACAAAGAAUCAGUGUCACAUCUUCAGUUGAAAGAGAGAUCCAGUCAGUGGAGGUUCAGAUGACCAGUACAGGAGCAGAGGUUUAUGAACAACAACAAGUGACCAUUGAAGAGGAUGCAGGAGUGCUCAGUGAUGCUAAGUUUCAGCUCGGUUUCUAUGGUGUUUUCACAGAACCUUUUAAUGUGAUCACAGAAGGGGAGGUAAUGGCCUAUGCCCUGAGUAGUCUCCCUUUCUUGGAUAGCAAAGAAUCAGUGACAAUUACAACCUCACAACUAAUGGAGGGACCACCAGGCAUUGUCAUAGAUAUUACUAUGGUGUCAGAAAGAGGAGACUUUCCUGACAUUGAUGUCAAGGUCAUCAAUGGCACAAAUGGUGAAACCCUUUCUACAACAGUAACAGAAUUAGUUAAAGGUGUACCUAGUGGGAAAUACUAUGUUCUAUAUUUAGCUUCUAAACCAUCUCCAUUGCUCCCAGUAGAGGCAGACGCUGGGCAGAAUAAAGAAAUGAUGUAG